AUGUGGUCGCUCGGCGUGAUGAUGGCGGAAGUUUUAGCGCUUGGCUCGCCCAAGGCGUUUUCUCAAAUCUCGCGCAAGACGACCCGAUUGGCGCUCGAGCGAGAAUUGCGCGGCGUGCAUCCAAAAGCUCGCGCGGUCGCUUACCGACUGCGCGCGAUGCUCGAACUAUGCAUAGUGCCUCCAAACACACAAGUCGCACCUUUACUGACGUGGGAUUGCACGGAGACGGCGUUGAUGGAGGUUUUCAAGGAGCGCGAUCCCCUCUCCGUCGGCUUUGAAUCUGUUUGGACUCUGCGCCUGCUUCGCAAGUUGCUCUCCUGGGAUCCGAGCGAGCGUCCGACGGCGGGUCGAGCGCUCGAGCACGCAUUUUUCCGUGAUUCCGAGAACGCGGGCGGUUGGAUGUGCGUCGGCGACGCGAACGAGCGUCAGUACGAAUGGAAAUCGGACUGCGCGGCGGCGUGCGUGGGAACGUGCGCGUAG